UCCCCUCUCACGCCCCUCCGACAAUGCCCGCACAGGGGUGGCGCGCAGCAUCCCGCCGAGGCCCCCGCGCGAGGUCACGUCGGUGACGCGCCCGCCGCUACAACCGACGACGAUGCCCGCGCACGGCGGGGCGGCCCGUGCGCUCAAAGGGGCGCCUCCUGUUCCUGUGGCGCUCGCGGGAGAACGCGGCGCUCUCUGCGAGAUUGUGUGCUGUGCCACCUGUGGGCUCCGCUGCCCCGCGCCCUCGGCCUGGGGACGUCGCGGGGGCGGGGCCGAGGCGCCCGUGAGGCGGGCGGGCAGGAGGGCCGGCCUCCCUCCGCAGCGAAACUUGGAGGGAGCACCGGAGCCAGGUCACGCUUCUAGGGGGCCACAUGCGAACCCUACUCCUAACCCCCCACGGUUUCUGAGGGGGAGGGUCGGGUUCGCAUGUGGCACCCCAGCUUGCAAAUAUUGCAACGCAGGCCAGGGUGGGACGGCGAGCGUGAAAAGGGCUCGCGGGCAGAAAGGGGCGGUUCUGCAGCAUCGGGAAGGCAGGCUUGCAAGUCUCAUACAAGUCCAAUACAAAUCCGAAAGCGAGGGAGGGGGAACCCAAUCGUUCAAAAGUCCUUUUGUAAGUCCGUUGCAACUCUACAUCGCGACAUGUCCGUGCACGUCAGCGGUGCACUGGUAGAAUUCGAAAGAGCAAGCAACAAGCAUUAUGGAGAAACGGAGGAAUGGGGAGGGAAGGACGGAUAUGAGGAGGAGGAGGAAGGCUGCGGGAGGACUCAGGACGCCAGCCUCAGGCCGUCGGCCUCGCUCCGUGCAGGCAUCCCACCCAACAAUAGCGCGAGACGCGGAAGAAGUCGGCAAACCUGCGCCGCGCGAAAACACAAACUGAACACCGGCACACUUUGGGCUUGGCGGCCGCAGCAUGCAAGGUCGGACGCCCUGUCGCUUGAGUCUACAAGCCGAGCCUGUCGAGUGAGGGAAACCCCCAAAAACGCACCGUCGGAUGUUUGGGCCCAGCCUCCACUGCCGCGCCGUGCGCCCUCAGCGCGAGCACCGCACGUCGCCGGCGCGCGGCGGGGCACCGGCGGCCUGCGACGGGGUGCCUGCCGAGGCAGUCUACGCAGGCGGGGCGCGGCGUCGGCGCUGGCAGUACGAAUGGCCCGCUGUCGGGCCCCAGGACCACAAAAACCAUAUAUUCUGUGCGGAACUCUGGCCUCGGGCAAGGGGUCGAGACCUUUGGGGCUGCGCAGUGGUAAAAGUCAAAUCGUCGGAUGUUUGGGAUCCGAGGUUGCCAGGCGCGGCCCUGGCCCCCCAGGAUUCCGCACAAUUCUGGGGCCCCGGCCUCGGGAGCGUGCAGUGGAGACCACAGGGGGGGUUCCCUGGGGGCCAGAGUCCUGGGAUCGCCUUGGACCAUGGGCACUUUCGGCAGCGCACAGGCUGAUCGCCUCUGGGAAACAAGAGGCCCGCUUCGGGAAACCCUGCGCACAAACAUGCGGACAUCAGCGAUCGGGGGACCCCGAUGGCCCCGCACUAAAGGGCACUCGAGCGAAGGUUAUAUGUGUUCCCCAACCUGCGCUUGCUCUGCAAGGGUCCUAACGGCAAAAAGAAACGUGGCGAACGUACCGUGCCGAUGUCGGUGGGCGGCCGAUUCCCGGGGAUCCCGUUUCUUGGUUCCAGCGAAGUGGCUGGGCCGAUGUCGGUGGGCGGCCGGUUUCUCGGGU